AUGGAAGUGGAGAGGAAAGCUUUCACUACAGUAAUUGGAGAACAUACCUAUGGAUAUUUGAAUAUUGGUGAACAUCAAGUACUUACAGAACAUAUCCACUUUGUAUAUGAGUGCCUUUACCAGAAACUGGAGAAGAUAAGCCACCAGCGCAGUACAGAAACAACUAUAGGAAUUGAUGGGCGCAAAGGGAUAACUGGAAUUCACACAGCAAGGCAACCUGAAGACAGGGAGAAAAGGAAGAGCAAGCUUGGGCAGAGAGAGGGAACAGGAGAAGGACACAAUAGUGAUGAGAGUUCUUCUAGUCAACUGCCUAUUCAGGUAUUUGUGGCCCCUGAACCACAGGAAAUUUCACAAGGUCUUGCUGCAUGCGGACACAGACUGCUCAGUGUUAAGAACAGUUCAAAGCAUUCAACAAAGAAGACUAAAAAAUUCAAAUUACUGAAAUAUCAUGGAGAGAAGCAAGAGGCAAAGGGUAACAAUGUAAAUGAGGAAGAUCCUGAAGCCUUGAAAGAAUAUCUAACUUGUGAGCAAUCACCUUGGAAAACAGAACAUAUGAGUCCAGAGAUGCAGCAUCUGAGGGAACUGGCAAUCACUUCACCAGCUCUCAUGAAUGAAUGUUUCCUUUGUUCCUAUUUAAAAUCCUUAAGAAUUGUAGAUAAACAAGUGUGUGAGGUCGACAAGAACAUGUUGAAAUUUCAGAAUCUGGAGGAACUUAUAUUAAGUGUCAAUAGAAUCACUACAUUAAACUCAGCCAACCUUCCGAGAAAGUUAAAGGUGAUUGAGCUCUGCUCCAACGAUAUUUCCUCUUUGAAAGAAUUGUGUUGUAACCCACCGCCAAUGUUGCAAUACCUAGGGCUGUCACACAACAAGCUUUCACUGGACUCUGAGUACAAUUAUCUCUCAGAAGUGUUCUGGCCCAAUUUAAUAUCUCUUGAUUUGAGUUUCAAUGACUUUGUGAAUUUGCGCAACGUAGCAUUUCUUAAUUUACUGCCAAACCUGAAGAACCUUAUUUUCCUGGGCAAUCCAUUGGCUCUUCUUCCGAAUUACCGUGGUUUUAUAAUAGAUACUCUGAAGAAUCUCAUUUCCCUGGACGAUGUGCUGAUAUCCCCAGAUGAAAGACAUCAUUUUAAGGGCAUUGCUAAACAGCACGAUUUUUUUGUUCCUGUCAGUCAGAUAACAAUCGAUAUCGGAAAAGUUACAGGUAUUCCCAAGCCCAUUGACCCUCUGGAGGAGCUACCAGAAUUUCCAAUUAUCAAGAGAAGUUACUUUGUGACAUAUGAGUUCCUUGGAUAUCCCGAAAUCCCCCAUAGAUUGAAUGAACCAGACAGAAAAGAUGAACUGGUUGACAUACAAAGUGAAACACCCGUUAAUGGCACGUUAAGUGAAAAAGACACAUCUUCACCACAAGUAAUCCAUACUCCGGUUCUUGAUAAUGCCGCUGACACUGCACCCAUUGAAAGCAAGCAAGCUUUUCAAGUGUUUACUCACAAGUUACCUCAAAAACCAUGGGGAGAUCCUAUUAUAUAUAACUAUACCAAGAUGCAUCUGGUGAGAGAACUGUAUGCGCUCAAGCAAUUGCUACAAAAUGGUCUGACAGUAACUAUAAUCGAAGAAAAGAUCCUUUCGUGGCCAAUCGAGACAGAGGAUGACAAAAUUUCAGAAACUUCCACGAAAAGGAAAUAUAAAGAUUCUGCAAAGGGAACCAAACACAGCGGCAAGGAUACAAACGGCAAAGACAACAUCAAGGAUAAAAAAAAGCCACCUGUUUCACUUCAAAGUGAUCCACCAAUUCAGAAAAUACUAGGAGAUUACCAUAUUGAUCUGUACUCCAUUGUAACCGGAAAUCACUUCUUUGAGAUGGUUUGUGAUUUAGGAGUUCCCAAAAUUGAGGAAAAAGUGAAAUCACCAACGCCAGACAUUAAGAGAAGGCAAAAGGAAGAAGAAACAUUGCUUCACAUGUUUCAGAGGGAAUCAAGCCUAAGCAUCUCUUUGUUGAGUUUAAGUUACAGCUACAGAAGUGGUUGACAACAUCAGAUGCAGACAAUGAAA